AUGGGCGAGCCAUCCAGCCUGACGGGAGAAGUCGGGCCAGCGUUUCCGGUGGUUAUCCCGGUGGGGCGUGCUGGUGCUGUGGAGGAAGCUGGUGCGCCUCUGCCAUCAGAUCCCACCGCCGAUUCAGGCCCAGAGGCUGAAGCUGCGAUGUGGAAGGCUUUGGGCGAUGUUGUGACAACCAGGCUAAAGCUGGCUGCAGAUCGCUUGUCGAAGGGGCCAUCAAGUCCUCCAGCACCCCCAUUCAUGAGCGGCAGCGCGCUGCCUCCUGUAGGCCCAGGCCUGGGCAUGGGAGCCCUGCCGCCUGUGCCUGUGUCAGGGGCCGGUCCCGGUCCCUGGGGUGCACUGCCACCGAUGCCGCCGGUUGUGGCGCCUGCAUCCUGUGCGUUGCCACCACAGUAUGCCAUCUCCCUCAGAAGGCCUUCGCAAAAGGCGUUGGGCAGAUUUCUCUGA